AUGGCGGAAAUGGUAAAAAAUCCAAGAAUCUUGAAAAAGGUGCAAGACGAGGUGAGACGAUUUUUCGACGAUAAAGGAGGAUAUGUUGAUGAAUCGAGAAUUCACGAACUAAAUUAUUUAAUGUCAAUUAUCAAAGAAACCCUGAGGAUUCAUGCGCCAUUUCCUCUGUUGCUUCCAUGAAAAUGCAGAGAGAAGUGCGAGAUUAAUGGAUACGAGAUACCGGUGGAUACUAAAAUCAUCGUAAAUGCGUGGGCUAUUAACAGAGACCCUAAGUACUGGCGUAACCCGGAUUGCUUUGAGCCCGAGAGAUUUCUCGAUGAUAAUUUGGGAGUUGAUUACAAGGGUAAUCAUUUCGAAUAUAUCCCGUUUGGUGCCGGUAGGAGAAUAUGCCCUGGAAUGGCGUUCGGUAUGGCAAAUGUGGAGCUACCACUGGCUAUGUUUCUAUACCAUUUUGAUUGGAAGUUGCCAGCUGGAAUGAAACAUGAAGAAUUGGAUAUGUCGGAAUCGUUCGGGGCCACAGCCAGGAGAAACGGUGAUUUGUUUGUUGUUCCGGUUAUUAAACGACCACUCCUCCCGCCUUCAACUCGAAAUCUGCCACCAGGGCCAUGGAAGUUGCCUCUGAUAGGGAAUAUGCACAAUCUGAUUGGCUCUCUUCCCCACAUUGCUCUACACGAAUUGGCCCUGAUAUACGGGCCGGUGAUGCACCUUCAGCUCGGCGAACUCUCGGCCGUUAUAAUUUCAUCACCCGACGCCGCAAAGCAGGUGAUGAAAACCCACGACAUAAACUUCGCAUCAAGGCCGUCGAUCAUCGUGAUGGAGAUUCUCAGUUACAACUGCACGAACGUCGCGUUUAGCGAGUACGGUGAUUACUGGAGGCAGCUGAGGAAGAUCUGCACGCUGGAGCUCCUGAGCAUGAAGCGCGUCUCGUCUUUCCGUUCGAUAAGAGAAGAGGCGUUUCUUGAUCUCGCUAGAUGGUUAUUGGAUUAUAAGGAUCAGCCUGCAGCAGUUAAUUUGACGGAGAAGCUCUACUCUUGCGCCUAUUCUCUCAUUUCAAGGGCAACGUUUGGUAAGAAAUCCGAGGCUAACGAGAGAUUGCUAUCCAUAAUCAAAGAAGGUAUCGUGUUGGCGGCGGGGUUUAAUGUUGCGGAUGUUUAUCCUUCGAUCAAGUUGCUUCAAAUGAUGAGUGGAUUGAGGAGGAAGGUGAAGAAGCUGCACGGAGAAGCUGAUUGCAUACUUGAUGACAUCAUCCAUGAACACAGAUACAGUAAGAACGAGAAGCAAACAUCAGAUACUGAUCUGUUAGAUGUUCUUCUCGGAUUCCAGGGCGGCGACGACGGGAUUGAUAUCCCGUUGACAACUGACAACAUUAAAGCUGUAAUCAUGGAUAUGUUGGCUGGUGGGAGUGAGACAUCGGCCACAGCGUUGGAUUGGUCAAUGGCGGAAAUGCUAAAGAAUCCAAGAAUCCUGGAAAAGGCACAAGAUGAGGUGAGACGAUUUUUCGACGAUAAAGGAGGAUACGUCGAUGAAUCGAGAAUUCACGAACUAAAAUAUUUAAUGUCAAUUAUCAAAGAAACACUGAGGAUUCAUGCGCCAUUUCCUCUGUUGCUUCCAAGAAAAUGCAGAGAGAAGUGCGAGAUUAAUGGAUACGAGAUACCGGUGGAUACUAAAAUCAUCGUAAAUGCGUGGGCUAUUAACAGAGACCCUAAGUACUGGCGUAAUCCAGAUUGCUUUGAGCCGGAGAGAUUUCUCGAUGAGGAUUUGGAGGUUGAUUACAAGGGUAAUCAUUUCGAAUAUAUCCCGUUUGGUGCUGGUAGGAGAAUAUGCCCCGGUAUAGCAUUCGGUAUGGCAAAUGUAGAGCUACCACUCGCUAUGUUUCUCUACCAUUUUGAUUGGAAGUUGCCACCUGGAAUGAAGCAUGAAGAAUUGGAUAUGUCGGAAUCAUUUGGGGUCACAGCCAGGAGAAACAAUGAUUUGUUUGUUGUUCCGGUUAUUAAACGACCACUUCCACCGUCUGUCAAAUGAUCGUUGCGUAAUUUCACAGAAAUAACGGAAGUUGUAUGGUGGUUUAUUUUAAUUUUCAUGUAUUGAUGAAUGUUUGUUCAGAAUGAUCAUCGUGUCGGUUGUUUAACUGGCUUUGCUCUUUUUUUUUUUUUUUUUUUUUUCUCUGUUUGAACAUUUGUCAGUGUUGACAUGUAUAAUUGAGUUAUUU